AUGUCUGCCGAGGAGGAUCUGAUCGACUACUCGGAUGAGGAGCUGGCCACCAACGACACCGCGCCUGCUAACGGCAAGAAGGCAGAUGCUGCCCAGUCCGGCAACAAUGUCGACAAGAAGGCUUCCUAUGUCGGCAUCCACUCCACUGGUUUCCGUGACUUCCUACUGAAGCCCGAGCUUGUUCGGGCCAUCGCCGAUUGCGGAUUCGAGCAUCCUUCGGAGGUCCAACAGACCUGUAUUCCCCAAGCUCUUCUUGGUGGUGAUAUUAUCUGCCAAGCCAAAUCUGGUCUAGGAAAGACCGCCGUCUUCGUUUUGACAACCCUCCAACAAGUCGAGCCGGUUGCUGGCGAGUGUUCAGUCUUGGUGAUGUGCCACACCCGAGAGCUGGCCUUCCAGAUUCGUAACGAGUACAACCGUUUUAGCAAGUACAUGCCGGAUAUCAAGACGGGUGUAUUCUACGGUGGUACGCCUAUACAGAAGGAUGCCGAGAUCCUCAAGAACAAGGAGACUCACCCACACAUCAUUGUGGGUACGCCCGGUCGUCUGAACGCCCUGAUCCGGGACAAGUUCCUUCGUCUUGGAAGUGUUAGAAUCUUCGUCCUAGAUGAAUGUGAUAAGAUGCUUGACGCCAUCGAUAUGCGCCGUGAUGUGCAGGAGAUCUUUCGAUCAACCCCAACCCAGAAACAAGUUAUGAUGUUCAGCGCUACUCUGUCUGAUGACAUCAAACCCAUCUGCCGCAAAUUCAUGCAGAACCCCACGGAACAUUAUGUCGACGAAGACACCAAGUUGACACUGCACGGUCUUCAGCAAUACUAUCUCAAGCUCGAGGAGAAAGAAAAGAAUCGAAAGCUGAACGAGCUUCUUGACGAGCUGCAAUUCAACCAAGUCAUCAUCUUCGUCAAGAGCACUGUUCGUGCCACUGAACUUGACAAACUGCUCCGAGAGUGCAACUUCCCAUCCAUCGCAGUGCAUUCUGGCGUGAGUCAGGAGGAACGUAUCAAACGGUACAAGGAGUUCAAAGAGUUCAACAAGCGAAUUUGCGUUGCAACCGACGUCUUUGGUCGUGGUAUCGAUAUUGAACGUAUCAACCUAGCUAUCAACUACGAUCUUCCCGCGGAUGCUGACUCUUACCUGCACCGUGUCGGACGUGCUGGCCGUUUUGGUACCAAGGGUCUCGCGAUAUCUUUUGUGAGCACCGAUGCAGACCAGGAGGUUCUCAAAGCCAUUGAGAAGCGAUUUGAAGUGGCUCUACCUGAAUUUCCCAAGGAUGGCAUCGAUGCCAGCACCUAUAUGGCAUCGUAA